GGAUCACCGUUUCAUUCACCACACACACUUUUUCAUUUUCAGUUAUUCCCUUUCUAAAUCCAUUCACCGUAACUUCCCUCUUUCUCUCGAAACGAACGCUAACGAUGGCGACGAAUCCAACCGUCACCGAACAAAACACUGAAACGAGCACCAAACCCUCCGUUUACUUCGAAGACAUGGACGAAGUUAAGCGAGUUUUCACUCGCUUCGACGCCAACGGCGACGGCAAGAUCUCUGUCACCGAGUUGGACAACGUCCUUCGCACUCUCGGAUCGGGUGUUCCACAUGAUGAGGUCCAGCGCGUUAUGGAAGACCUUGACACCGACAACGACGGUUUUAUUAACCUCUCGGAGUUCGCCGCCUUCUGCCGCUCCGGUUCGACAGACGGCGGCGCCUCAGAGCUACGUGAUGCCUUCGAUCUGUACGAUAAGGACAAGAACGGCCUCAUCUCCGCAACGGAACUCUGUCAGGUGUUGAACAGCCUCGGAAUGAAGUGUUCCGGAGAUGAAAACGUUAACUUCGACGAGUUCAAACAGAUGAUGUCCAAUAACAGUGCCAAUGGAAAUUAACUAAUAGACAUUUUCGUUUUUUUUUUUUUUUUUUUUUUUUAAUUUACUCUAACUAACAGAUCUGCGCAUGUGGCAAUGCGUUCUUGAUUCGCUGUAGCUGUUGUUACGUUUCUUCUUGUUUCCACUUUUUAUAUAAAUAAUUUCCGUUUCACUUUGUAAUCGUAGAUUCAAAUUAUGCUUGUUGAGUUGUGGGAA